CUAAUGAAGGUGUAUACAUAGGACAAUAAUAUACAUGUUGAGACAACUGUUAGUGAUCAUAAAACUUUAGGAUACAUGUGAUCUGCCAUGGCAGGUUUAGCUGUCUGGUUGAUUCUUUGGGAGCAGUGUUGUGUGCCUCAUAAUAUUUGAAUGGAGAUGAACAAGUGGGCCUUCUUAUUUGAUUAUGGCGUUUCUUGGCACUGUCUGUACCGUCCUUUUCUAGCUUCAGAAAGACUCGAACUGCUGCACUAAGCCAAAGGACUGGGAUUUGUUUGGCAUGCGUCGAGAGCCCACUAAACUAUGCUGGUGAGAGUCUGUGUAGAGAGCCUUAAAUCCUGCACCCAUUGGGUAUGUGAAGCUUGCCGCUUUCUCCAAGGAAGCUCUUAACCUGAGGUUGCCAAUAGCGGAAUCUGAUAGAGCAACUCAAAAUUGCAUGUCAUCGGCUCAUCGCCUCUUUUCCUUUCUUGCUUCUGUAAAGAAAGCAUCGGUCAAUCGUUGCUGCUUAUCAUUUUCACAGAUCAGCAGCAAACUGUUGUUUGAGAUCAUUUCCAUCAAGGAAUUGGUUGAGAGUCUAACGAUUCUAACAUUUCAGAAGAUCAAUGCCGAGAUACAUGCAACAGACCGACAAGGAGUACGUGAAGAUUGCGAUGUUGAAGCAGGAAGAAAUCUUUAGAUAUCAGCAGCAGUUGAUGGGAGACAUGAAGAUUGCCGAAAUGAAAAGGCAAAAAGGGCGCACACGAGCAGAUACCGAGCUACUUGAUGCAGAGGAUGAGACAGGGCCUCGUCGGACGCUUGACCUGGAACUCCCGGCAGGGGUCGUGCUCGACGCCGACGAAGAGAGCGACUUGGAGCUGACGCUCGCCACCGGAAGCGGCGGAGCUCGACGGAAGAAGAAGGACGCAUCAUUGACUUCGGAUUCAGCGUCCAGCUUUUCCUCAUCCUCGAACGAGUACGGGAACAUGCACAUGAAACGAAACCGCAACGAGUGGGUGCUGCAUCAGCUGGCGGAUGAAUCCACAAGGUUCGGUCGUGAUGGAAAGAGUAGGUUCGACAUGGAGGAACAGAUGAGGAAGGAUGGAAUGAAGCAGCCUCAUUGGCUCUUUCCCUGUUCCAAACGUGACAUGCUGGUGUCUUUUGGAUUGUAAUGGUUCAUAGAAUCACUGCUUUCCAUUGUAUUUGACUGCUUAGUUUGCUUCCAACAAAGAAAGUUACAGCCAUUUAGAACAACCACAGAUGGAAUUGGCAAUACAGAAACCAUCUUGUGCUUAGAUCUUCA